GUUGCGCGUGGCGGACCAUACCAACAAGACAGGUUUCUGUGUUUUCCUUAUACGUAACAACGCUGUCAGAUAAUAUGGAGAUCGCAUUUAAAAUAUGUAGUUUUGCUGUGUAUUUGUUGUACAUGUUGGAAAUUAUUGAAGCACAGAAACCAUGCAAAGUACCAAACGGAGACGCGGGAACCUGCAUAAAUAUCGCAAACUGUCAACCAUUGUUGAAACUUUUCAAGAAGAAACACCAGACCCCGCAUGAACACAUGUACGUGCAGCAAGCUUACUGCGGCGGGCGUGUACCAGGGAAACAUAAAGUUUGCUGCCCACCACAGUCUACAUGGGAUACAUUGGCUACAAAUCCCGUGCUUUUUCCGCGUGCACCGGCGGUAAUGCCAACACAAACGCCGAUAACAAACAGACCAUUGUUUACAAACCAGGGGCCAUCAUCCCCUCUAGAGCCCGCAGUUUUGACAAUACCAUCCGACGAAUUAGGCACAAGAAUCUUUCCAGAAGAAGCCAACUAUCCAGAAGAGGAAGAUAUGAGCACGCUUUGCGGGCUCGAUACGUCAAGUGCAAACAAAAUUGUCGGUGGCGGGGAGACCAUGAUUGACCAAUAUCCGUGGCUGGCUCUUUUGGAAUACGCCGGAGAAACGCUAUCUUGUGGAGGAAGUCUCAUUAGCCACAAGCAUGUAUUGACCGCAGCGCAUUGCCUUAGCACUUUAGUCUUUGGGAAACCGUUGAAGGUGCGACUUGCUGAGUAUAAUACUACAUCCUCUCCAACUGACUUUGUGGAACAAGAUGGCGGUGGAACGGACAAUAUAACUGUGAAAAUCAUAGAUAUUAAAGCUAUGUACAAGCACCCAAAUUAUAAUCGGGCACUUAAGAUACACGACAUCGGUCUUAUUGAGAUGGUGGAACGAGUUAUGUUUAGCGAAUUCAUCAAGGUUAUAUGCUUGCCGGACAGGGACUUCAUACCGAAGUUUACGCCGUCCACCAACUUCACUAUUGCCGGUUGGGGCAGUACGGAAAACGCUACCGAGAGUGAUAUAAAGCUAGAAGUCUCUAUACCUUAUGCAACUUGCGAGCAACGCGAGAGGGUGCAAGAUACAGAUGUGAUGGGCACGCAAAUCUGUGCUGGCGGUGCAAAGGGAAAAGAUUCCUGCAGCGGGGACUCUGGAGGGCCUCUGAUGUAUGAAUACAAUGAUAAAUAUUACGUUAUUGGAAUCAUCAGCUUUGGGAAUAGACAUUGUGGUACGGCAGGCAGCCCAGCUACGCACACAAACGUAUUCCAAUAUAUUUCCUGGAUAAAAAAUGUCAUGAGUGGCAUAAACAAGAAUUGACGUAUCGGAUCAAUUGAUUAAUUAGAAAAAUCUGACCAAAGUUUAUAGAUAAGGCUGCCAUUGUAAAGUUGCUUAGGCAAACUCUUCGUUAACAUUUAUAUUUAAUUUAAUAAUAAUAAUACAAUAAUUUAUUCUCUGAAAUUACAUUAAUACACUAAGAUUUGAUAGCUCAACUACUGCUGAUAACUAAACUAAAUAAAUAGUUGUACGUCAGCUGUCAGUGUUUUACCCUGUAUCUACAGUUUUAUGUUGGGAGUAAGUAAAUACAACAGCUUACCUCUUG